CACCUCUUCUGAAAACAACGUACUCUUCAUUUUUCUUUUACCUUCCUUCUUCACUUACUACUCUCUCUCAACCCUAUAUAUCUCUCCCCACUCUCCUCUCUCUCCCCCCUUUCUCUCUCCUCCCUCUCCCCCCCCUCCCCGAAUGAAGCAUAAACCCUUCUCUCUCCCCCGCCUAUCUCCGAUCUUCCUCCCCCACCAUGAAGCGUAGCGCCUCCGAGUUGGAUCUCGAAGAGUUCCUCAAAAAGGCCGCCGUCAUCUCUAACAACGACGACGUUACCGACCCCGAAGACGACGUCUUCAAAAUAGACGACCAACAAAUCAUAAUUAGAAGCCCUAAACGAGGCAAGAACUUUCAAGAGUCCCCUGAUGCCACCUACUUCUUCAGCGAUAUCGAUUUCAGUUAUUUCCUCGUCAAGAAUAAUCGGGAGAUAAUGGACGCAAUUGUUAACUGUGGAAGUGGGCUGGCGGAGGCUCCUUUACGGUCACAGAAUCUCACUCCUAAGCGUUCAAGCUUUUCACCCACUAUAGAUUCCCAAUCUUCUAUCGUGAGCAGCCCGAUGGGCAGAGAACACCAAAGAGGACACAAUAGUGGGUCCUCUGAGGAUCAAUCUGAUGAUGAAAUUGAAGCUGGUUGUUGUGAACAAAGUACUGACCCUCUUGCUUUGAAGAGAAUGAGAAGAAUGAUCUCUAACAGGGACUCAGCUAGAAGAUCAAGAAGAAGAAAACAAGCUCAUUUGGCCGAACUCGAGAACCAGGUAAAACAGUUGAAAGGCGAAAACGAAACCUUGUUCAACCAACUUCUAGAUGCUAGUCAACAAUAUCGCGAUGCUAAUACAAACAACCGUGUACUUAAAUCAGACGUUGACGCAUUAAGAGCUAAGGUCAAAUUGGCUGAAGAUACAUUAGCUAGAGGCUCAAUGACAUGCAGCUUGAAUCAGCUGUUGCAGAGUCAUUUGAGCACACCGCAGCCACUAACGGCACUCCGACGAAUGUCGACAUCACCACUCGGUUUUUCUGGAGACGAAGUUUCUUAUUCUGGUGUGACAAUGUCGGGGCAGAACCCGACGGCGGCGGGGAUCCCGAACUCGGAUAUGCAUAUGAAAACUGGAAUGGGUAGUGAGGCUGUUAGUUGUGUUUCUGGGAUUUGGCCUAGAAAUUAGGCCUUUCAUCUCUAUUUGCCUUUCAACACUAAGCAUUGUGAGUUAUUAUGUGAUGUAGUGUGUUUGGCUUUGUAUGAUUGAUAGCCUCCAAACUUCUUUCCUUCAUUGCCCAUCCUCUCCCUUCUCUGUUUGUUGUGUUAAUUUUCAAUAGGCAUUCCUCAUUUGCUUGGCUUUUAUAUAUAUAUGUAUUAUUGGUCC